AUGGCAUUCAACUUCAACUGGUCGCCGCUGAUAGCGGAUACUGACCGGGUACGCGAUAUGCUCACCAGCUCGUUGAACAAAUCGCCGAAGCCGCCCAUUAUUGUAGACGAUAUCCUCGUCAACGAGCUGAACCUGGGAUCGACACCACCGGAGCUGGAGAUAUUGGAGGUUGGUGACCUGGCAGAGGACAGGUUUAGGGGCAUCUUCAAGAUGAGCUAUACCGGCGACGCGUACUUGACGCUGAAGACAAGGGUACAGGCGAACCCGCUGAACACUUUCCUGUCCACGAAGCCAAGCUUUGCGAGUCCGCAGCCGCUGGCAGCGAGUAGUGGCUUGACUAUACCGUUGCAGAUCACACUAUCAGAUAUCCGGUUGUCCGGGUUCGUGAUACUUGUGUUUUCCAAGCAGAAAGGUAUCACGCUAGUCUUCCGGAACGAUCCGCUGGAGUCGCUGAAGGUGUCUUCUACAUUCGACUCGAUACCAUUCGUGCGGGAUUAUCUCCAGAAGACGAUCGAGAAUCAGCUGAGAGUUCUUUUCAUGGAGGACCUGCCGGCUAUCAUACACAGGCUGUCCUUGCGCAUGUUCAAUUCUGAGCUACAGCCAGCGGACGACGCGGAGAAGGAUGCGACCAACGACCAGGUACCAAUCGAUCCGUUGGCGAGCCCAGCAUUGCAAGCCAUGGACGGCUCUGGUGAUGCUUUCGAUGCGGCCCCAUUAUCGCUCGACACACCCACAGAAACAUAUGCAUCUUUCUCACAGAAGAACCUGCUACGACUCGCUGCUUUGAGCGAAAGCCAAAGAACCCUCAGUCUCUUCACACCCGGGAUGCGUGAUACCGUCUUUCGUGCAUGGGCGAGUGCAGCAGAUCGAAACGAACCCAGCAACGGUACGCAUACACCUCUACAUCGUCCGACAUUGUCUAGGAUGCAAUCUACCUUGGGUGACCAAAGUGCAUGGUCAUCAUCAGCGCCAUCACAAACGUCUGAGGCAACGUCUGCUGCCUCACGACCAUCACUUGCCAGUGCAGCGACGAUGCCAAGCACAUAUACCCUAGGCACAAAUAGUUCUCGCACGCGACCACGAAAACGGAAACACCGAAUCGUCAACCUGCGCAAAGACAAGACACCUGAAGACGCGACAGACGGCACGAGCGUAUCAAGCGGUUACAACGAUAGUGCAAGCAGAAGCGCAGGCACGUCUGCUGAGCCAAGCAUGGCGGAAACCGAACCAACGACACUACCAAGCUAUAUCUCUCGAGAAGGCGAGAUCAGUACACCACCGCGAAGUCCGAAGAAGAAAGUCGACUUCAAGGCUUCGUCCGACGGAGGCCAGAACCACGACAGAAACGCCACAAUACGUGCUCGACCCGUCACACCUCGCAAUACCGCCGUCCAGCUCAACGUAGACAACGACCCAACACCCCGAGCGUCAAUGUACCUGCCAGAGAAGCAAUCGCAAGAGCAACGACCACCGCUUCGUCGUCAGCCGCUGCCACGAAUGCAGACUGUACCCACUCCAGUCCACCGAGCCCAACUAUCUCGGUCGACGUCGGAGCUCAGUUUGCGAGGUAUGCCGCCAGCUUUCGAAAGUAGUACGGGAGGUAUACUUGAGCAAGCCUGGAUGAUGAAGAUGGCAAGUGAGAUUGCUAGAAAAGUGUCAGAGGAGAAAGCUAAGCAGGGGACCUGGCGGCUCAGAGGUAGCGGUAGUAGUGAUGAUGGCUUGCAAGUCGGUGGCGAGGCGCCGCCGGCUUAUGUUUCACGAGAUGGAUUUGCUCUUUGA